AGCGUACAAUGGCGACACAGCUGAUUGAGAAGUACAAGGACGGUGCCGAGGUCUACAGCGGCGCCGCCGUCUGCAGGGAGAAGAUGGUGGAAGUGCUGCAAGAGCUGGGCCUGCCCAAGGGCCUGCUGCCGCUGGAGGAUCUGCUGGAGAUGGGCUACAACAGAGACCUCGGCUUCAUGUGGCUGACGCAGAGGAAGAAGAAGGAGCACAUGUUCAAGGAGAUAAAGCAGCUGGUGUCCUACGCUACCCAAGUGACUGCCUUCGUGGAGGAUCGCAAGCUAAAGAAGAUUACCGGGGUGAAGACGAGGGAGCUGCUGCUCUGGCUCUCUGUCGUCGAGGUGUUUAUCGGCGAUCCUUCGUCCGGGAAGAUCACCUUCAAGACCGGCACGGGGUUGUCCGACAGCUUUCCGGUGACGGCGUUUGAGCUAGAAGAGUAAGAGACGAGGGGAAGGAGAGAAAAAAAAAGAAAAUUUGUGUUUUUGAGUCGUAUAAUAAAAGGCGUGGGAGCCUUUGGUUGUGUUACGAACUUUCCUCCGUAAAUUAUUG